UGCCGGCCUCUUCAGAGUUCUGAGCAUCGGAGGCCUGGGCAUGGCGCUCUUGGCCUGGCAUAAGCCGGGGCUGCUGCUGACUGUGUUGGUGGUGACCACAACGGCAGCCCCGCCUGCUCACCUGCUGACUUCGCUGUCUUCGGGCCAGGGUGCUCUGGACUGCAUGGCUCUGGGUGGCCUGUUAAAUACACUUGCGGCCCGUGUGCAGUGUGCCUCAGGGCCGUGUGGAAAGUGCCUAUCUGUGGAAGACCUCCUGGCCCUGGGCAGGCCUGAGGAGCCAGGGCUGACCCCAGGGCCAGUCCUGGAGCCCGCAGACAUCGCCCGCCUCAGUGCGGCUGCUGCCCUCUACCUCAGUGACCCUGAAGGCACGUGUGAGGACAUUCAGGCUGGCCGCUGGGCCUCCCAAGCUGACCAUCUUUUGGCCCUGCUCGAGAGCCCCAAGGCCCUGAUCCCAGGCCUGAGCAGGCUGCUGCGGAGGAUUCAGGUCCAGACCACUGGCCUGCCUACUGCAGAGGAGGGCUGUGUGGACCUGCCUCAGCUGCUAGACGAGGUGGCGGGGGCAGGGCAUCCCGGCGGCCCUGGCCCUGUGCUGGCUGCUCUGCUGGACCAUGUCAGAAAUGGGUCCUGCUUCCACACUCUGCCGAACCCUCAGUACUUUGUGGAUUUCGUGUUCCGGCAGCACCGCGGUGACACUCCCAACAUCACACUGGAUGAGUUGGCGGCCUUGAUGCAGCGCCUGGGGGUGGGUGGAGUGGCCAAGACCCUUGGUGACCACAGUGACUACGAUCACCACCAUCAUCUGGGAAAGAGGGCCAACCUUGCCACCACCAACAGCAGCUCCAGCAUGUGGGACACAGUAUGCCUGAGUGCCAAGGAUGUGUUGGCUGUGUAUGGGCUGUCUGAAAAGACUGGGGUGACCCCAGAGGCCUGGGCCCAACUGAGCCCUGCCCUGCUCCAGCAGCAGCUGAGUGGAGCCUGCAGCCCCCACCCCAGCCAGCCCACCCAGGACCAGCUCAGCCAGGCAGAGAAGUACUUGUACAGCUCUCUGGCCACGUUGCUCAUCUGCCUCUGCUCGGUUUUCGGCCUCCUGCUUCUCAUCUGCACUGGCUGCAGCUCAACCACCCACUACAUCGUCCAGACCUUCCUGGGCAUGGCCGUGGGUGCGCUCACCGGAGAUGCCCUCCUGCACUUGACACCCAAGGUUCUGGGGUUGCACCAGCAUGGCAGGCACAGUGAGCUUGGAGGGGACAACCACCACCACGGCCCACAGCCCAUCUGGCGCCUCCUGGUUGCACUUGGGGGCCUCUACACCUUCUUCCUGUUUGAGAAACUCUGUGACCUCUUGUUGCCCCUGGACCCUGAGGACCUGAAGGACGAGCCCCGUAGUCACACUGGCCACAGCGGCCACAGCCAUGGCAUGUCUCUGCAGCUAGCGCCCAGGGAGCCCCGGCAGCCCAAACAGCCCCAUGAGAGCUCCCAUGCAGACCUGGUGGUGGAGGAGAGCCCUGAGCCACUCAGUCCUAAGCCCCAGAGACUGAGCCCAGAGCUGAGGCUGCUGCCCUACAUGAUCACGCUAGGUGACAGCCUGCACAACUUCGCUGAUGGGCUGGCCUUGGGCGCUGCCUUCUCGUCUUCCUGGAAGACUGGGCUGGCCACCUCCCUGGCGGUGUUCUGCCAUGAGGUGCCACACGAGCUGGGGGACUUUGCGGCCCUCCUGCAUUCUGGGCUGUCGGUGCCCCGGGCACUGCUGCUGAACUUGACUUCGGCGCUCACCUCCUUCGCUGGCCUCUACGUUGCACUAGCAGUGGGCGUCGGUGAGGAGAGCGAGUCUUGGAUCUUGGCAGUAGCCAUCGGUCUCUUCCUCUACGUGGCACUCUGCGACAUGCUCCCAGCCAUGCUGAGAGUGCAGGACCGGCGGCCUUGGCUCCUCUUCCUGCUGCACAACGUGGGCCUGUUGGGCGGCUGGGCCAUCCUGCUGCUGCUGUCUCUGUAUGAGGAUAGCAUCACCCUCUGA